AUGCCCCGCGUCGCAAAUCCCAAGCAUCGCCGCUCCGGCGGCGCUUCGACCCCCCAUAAAAACUCGCCGUUGAAAAUCCCUCUUAACGAUGACUUGGGUGAGAAGGCCGCCCGCAUGGAGGCCCGUCAAGCGCGCCAUGAUCGACAAAUGGAUCAGAUCAAGGCCGCCGUGAAAACACCCAUGCCGCCCCGCAGGUAUUCGAACUAUGACCGCGCAUCUAGCAUGAGUCCUGCUACUCCCCGAGGGUCAGGCCAGCGAGGACGAGAGACCGAUGCAGACGGUCGAAGGGCUGUGACCCCGAUGAAGCGUGUCCCAAUCCUGGCUAAUUUCGAGGAGUGGAUGAAAAUGGCAACCGACAACAAGAUUAAUGCGAAUAAUUCAUGGAAUUUUGCUCUCAUCGACUACUUUCAUGACAUGUCCCUCCUGAAAGAAGGCGAUGGCGUGAAUUUCCAAAAGGCCAGCUGCACCUUGGACGGCUGCGUGAAAAUUUAUACGAGCAGAGUUGAUAGCGUUGCUACAGAGACCGGAAAGCUUCUCAGUGGCCUGGCCGAUAGUCGCGAUAAGAAGGCCCGCGAGGCCGGUGCGGAUGGGGAGGAGGUUGACGACGAGGACGAGGAGGGCGAGGAAGGAACGACGAGAAAGAGCCGGCGAAAGCAACGUUCCCACGAGGCCACAUUAGCACCCUCAUUUGCUGCCCUUCAACUCAAGAAGUUCGAACUUGAAUUCUCGGUCGAUCCACUAUUCAAAAAAGCAUCCGCAGAUUUUGAUGAAGGUGGCGCCAAAGGAUUGCUUUUGAAUCAUCUGGCAAUCGACGGUCAAGGGCGCAUAGUAUUCGAUAGCAGCGAUGAUGCUACCGAGGAAAGCUCGAAAGAGACGGAAAGUGCACGCCAGAAUUCAGAAGACCCCGAACGACCGGACUCUCCUUCCCCUUCGAGACAAUCCCCUGGCGAAGUGUUCGAGGACAGUAUGGACAUCGACAUCGCCCCGCUAGCCAGCCAUUUCUUCCCCGACCUCGAGCGACUUGAGGAACAAGAUAUUUGUCACUCGCUGAAGAAUUUUGACCUCGGAGAUCCGAGUGGAUCCUUGGACAUCCCCUUCCUCAAGGCACCCGAAGACUGGCGAAAUGAGAAGGAGCAAGGUCGCAACGCCAACGACGCGUCUGGAAUCAUGCUCGACGAUGAUAAUGCUGUAGGGUUCGACGACGAUGAUGAUGCGACUUUGGCUGGCUUUGACCUCACUGGGGAUGCAGGCUUCGGAGACGGUGGAGAAGUAUGGGCCCGUGAAGCUGCACUUGAGCCAAUGCUCAAGGUUCAUCGGGUAGAUCGAGACGGUGAUGAGAACCAUGAUGGUGAAGAAAUCGAUAACGACGAUGCAUAUGCCAUAUCUCUUUCUCAUCAGCCGGAUACUCGAGAUCACGAAAAUAUUCUCAGUUAUUUUGACAAUGCCUUGCAAAAGAACUGGGCAGGGCCGGAGCACUGGAAAAUCCGAAAAAUCAAGGAGCAUGCGGCCGCUAACACCGCGAAUGUGACGCCAAAACAACGCAAAGAGAAGGAACCCUUUGAGAUCGACUUUGGUGCGCCUUUAGAUCCGUCUGUGGCUGAACUGAUUUACACUCCAGCUAGCUCUAACUCCACUAUCUCCCUGCCCAAAACGCAGUGGAAAACCAAAGGUCGCAACCUCCUUCCUGACGACAAACAUUUCAACUCACGCCAAUUACUUCGUCUUUUCCUAAAGCCUAAAGCUAGAAUGGGCUCCAAGAAAUUGUUGGGGUCUCGACAGUUCAGCAAUCGACGCCCGGACCAAACCUCCGGCAAUGGAGACAUGGACGAGGCAUUCUGGGCGAAUCAUAAAACUGAAGCCGACGCAGAGGCAGGUGAAGAAGGCGCUCCCGGAGCGUAUGAUGCCAACUUCUUUGCAGAUGAUGAUGGUCUUGCGUUCCCGAAUGGUAUCGAUUUGGGUGACGAUGACGACGACAACCUACCGUUUGCGGACGCCAGAGAGAUGUUAUCUCCACCAGCUGAUGGGGCUGCAGGGCCGUCAGCUGGGGAGGCAGGCGGCGCUUCAGGUUUGGCAGCACUCCUCAACAUGGUCGGAUCAACCCCUGGCUCGGCCCUUCAAAAUGGCGCCGGCGGGUUUGGGUCGCAACUUGUAACACAAGGUGGUCGAAGAGCACGACCUGAUUAUGUGGCCUACGCACGGGUUGCAAAGAAGGUCGACGUGCGGCGUCUCAAAUUGGAGAUGUGGAAGGGAAUGGGUGACCGAUUAAUCGCUGCCACACACUUUGAUACUCCCCGAGGAAGCACUCCGGAGGCCUCUCAACCCGACCCAACGCCAACACCCACACCCCAGGACAAGGCUGUUGACGAAGAGAACAAUCGAUUGCGCUUUACCCAUGUCAUGAACUCCCUGAAACAGGUCUAUGCCCCAGAUACGUUGCGGGACAUCAGUACCUCAUAUGGGUUCAUUUGCCUGCUUCAUCUGGCUAAUGAACAAGGGCUUGUCUUGCAUAAUGAUGAUCGUCCUGGUGGUGACGGCGAAGCUAAAUUGGAAGAAAUAUUUGUCGUGAGAGACGCCAACGCUGUCAUUGAAGAAGGAGCUAUAUAA